ACGCUAGCGUCAGGCCAGUCCCGGCAUGCUUCGCGGCCGCCCGCGGUCUAGCGCACUGAGGCAUCUUCCCGAGAGCGGCCGUGCCUCCGCGUCUCUGCACUGCGCACCCCGUCCGGCCGCCCGGUCGCCCCCGCCGCCCGCCCGUGCGUCCGAGCGGCCGCAGCCCUCCGCCGAGGGCGCCCCGGGACGGAAGGGUCCAGCAGCCUGCCGGCGCCCGCCGCGCUCGUGGUCGCCGUCGCCGUGGUCGUCGUGGUCGUGUCCGCCGUCGCCUGGGCCAUGGCCAAUUACAUCCACGUCCCGCCCGGCUCGCCCGAGGUGCCGAAGCUCGACGUGACGGUGCAGGACCAGGAGGAGCAGCGCUGCCGCGACGGCGCCCUGAGCCUGCUGCGGCACCUGCGGCCNCACUGGGACCCGCGGGAGGUGACCCUGCAGCUGUUCACAGAUGGGAUCACAAACAAGCUCAUCGCCUGCUAUGUGGGUGACACCAUGGAAGAUGUAGUUCUGGUGAGGAUUUACGGCAACAAGACUGAACUGUUAGUNGACCGAGAUGAGGAAGUGAAAAGUUUCCGCGUGCUGCAGGCUCACGGCUGUGCACCUCAGCUCUACUGCACCUUUAAUAACGGACUGUGCUAUGAGUUUAUCCAGGGCGAAGCUUUGGACCCGCAGCAUGUCUGCAACCCAGCCAUUUUCAGGCUAAUAGCUCGUCAACUUGCUAAAAUCCAUGCUAUUCAUGCGCACAAUGGCUGGAUCCCCAAGUCUAACCUAUGGCUAAAGAUGGGAAAAUACUUCUCUCUCAUUCCCACCGGAUUUGCUGAUGAAAACAUUAAUAAAAGGUUCCUGAGUGAGAUCCCAAGCCCUCAGCUUCUGCAGGAGGAGAUGACUUGGAUGAAAGAGGUUCUCUCAAGCCUGGGCUCACCUGCGGUCCUUUGCCAUAAAGACCUGUUGUGUAAGAAUAUAAUCUACAACGAGAAACAAGGUGACGUACAGUUCAUUGAUUAUGAGUAUUCUGGAUACAACUACNUGGCAUAUGAUAUUGGAAAUCAUUUCAAUGAAUUUGCAGGUGUCAGCGAUGUAGACUAUAGUCUCUAUCCUGAUCGAGAGCUCCAGGGCCAGUGGCUGCGCUCUUACCUUGAAGCUUACAAGGANUAUAAGGGCUUUGGCAGUGAUGUCACUGAGAAGGAAGUGGAGACACUCUUCAUCCAAGUCAAUCAGUUUGCGUUGGAGCAAUUGUGCCUUGGCCAAGGAGACCCUCCAGCCUGCCCAGAUGUCAGUAUUGGAGCCAGCUGAACGCAGGCCCUGCUCCCAACCUCUGAUGGAAGUCGACCUUCACAUGGCUCCAAUUUCAGCCAUUUCAAGCAUGAGAGCUAGAGUUUGGUUUCCCAGAACCCACAUAAAAAAGGCAAGUGUGGUGACGUGUGUUUUCACAGCCUCAGCUCUGAGGAGGCAGAGGCAGGAGGAGCCCUGGGGCCCUGCCCAGUGUAGGAGGAAGUGGGAACUGAAGAGCUACCCAACUGAGUCCUUCUGCAUUCGGUGUGGCAUUUGAAAUUCUCCUUUGCAAGUAGACUCAGAAUUCUAUGAUUGUCAGAAGCACGUGGAAAGAUUUUUUAAAAAAAUAUCUGUUUGCUUAUUAUUAACAAAGUAACUAGUUAAUCUAUGUGUGGCCAGGUGCAUGCCCCAGCCUCAGUGCAGUCAAUGUACAUGUAGCAGACAGAGGAUACCUUGUGGCAGUCUGUUCCCUCCAACUUUGUGAACUCUGGGUUCACAGUUUUGGUGGCAAGCCUCUUUACCUGCUGAGCCAUCUCACUGGCUCUGGAAAGAUUUUUUUUUUUUUUUAAAGACUGUAGAGGUCUGUCCUCCACCUUAGACUCAUUGACUGUAAAUCUUGGGAAGACCCGGGAAGAACCUUUUAAGUCUUCCAAUUGACUGUGAUCUAUCAGGUCUUGGCUUUUGGAGGGAUGAGUGGGCUUCUCCGGGAGUGGUGAAUCUGGGUGAAGUUACUGUUCUAAAUAGACCGUGUGUUUGGUGAAAGGCACAACUCGAGCGGGUGUUAUCCUCUCCCCUCUCAUCUUUGAGCAUCCAGAUUGCUGUUUCCAACCACUGGACGCUGUGAGUGUUUCCUGGAUUGGUCUGCUGUAUCGGGUCUUUACUUCUGUUCUAGUGGCUUCUUGGCCAUCUGGUAAUUGUGUUGAUGGGAGCCAAAAUGGAAAACAGAGGGCACUAUUAGCUCAAACUCCAGAACAUAACAGUUGUCUGACUUUCCACCAACCCUGCCAACACUAGGCCAAUGACAAUAUUGUUUCUAACCCGCGUGCAUCCCCCAGGCCAAGUUGGAAACUUGUUCCUUGCAGCAACAGGAACAAGUCUGCCACACUGAUGGACAAGAUUCAGAAAGUUCAGAAUUAAGGAUCUGGUCCAAGAGUUUUAUCAGCAUCAAGAAAUCCUCUCCAUCAGGCCUGGGGUAGGAUGACGAGCAUUCCCGUCUUCUUUGUCUAGUUCCCUGGAGCUUUUUGAAAAUUGUUGAAAAAGGACCAAAUGGAAUGGACCAAACUGCUGUAUUAGUGUUCCGUUAGCCAGCAAGCUAAUUAUUAUUUUUUUUUUUCUGACAAAUGUCUGUGAGGAGGGUGUUACAGCAUCCUGAUUUAUGGCUACUUCACUUUGCAAGUCAUAUGCUCAGUUAGAAGAGCACAAAUAGAAGGAUAUUUUAAAUGCC